AUUCGUACUUCGUGGUCUUUAGCAGCGAUAUAUUUACCUACUGAGGUGACACUAGAUUGGUAUUAUGUCUGCACAUAUUGGUCAGUCAUGUUUCUUACUACUAAUGCCCUGGGAGAUUUAUACCCGGUGACUACCGCUGAGAGAGUCAUUGCCAUAUUAGCAACUUUACUCGGAUUUCUGCUAACGACAGUUGUUUUUGUGGGUUCUUUAACUUCACAAUUCAUUACCAUUACAACAAGGCGAUCGAAGUACGUACGACAAUUGAAGAAAAUAAAGAACCACUUGAGGCUUAUCAAAAUGGAUCCAGACACUACGAAACGUAUUAUCGGGUAUUAUGAAGAUCUCUGGUACCAAAAAUCCGGGGUUUUCAAACCUAAACUACUGAAACUUCUUCCUUAUCCUUUACAAAUGGAAAUCUGCUACGACUUAAAUGCCGUUCCGCUAUAUAGCUCGUUGAUAUUUAGGAAACUACCGGAAGCAUUCCUUAGGAGGCUAUCUUUAGACAUGAGUCACCAGUUUUAUUUACCGGGAGAUGUAGUAUACAGCCAUAACCAGAACAAGACUAUUAUGGUAUGCGUCACUAGUGGCGUAUUAGAACUAUUGUCUGACGAAGAUGAUGAAAGUCCAAUGAUUUCAUUUGCCACAGGGACCUGCUUUGGGGAAAUAUCCCUAGUUUACAACAUACCUGCUCGAUGUACAGUAAAAGCAGCGACAUACGUCGAAUGUCAGGUUCUAGAGAAGACCAAUUUCAUAAAACUAAUGAUCACUUAUCCAGACCUCGUUGAAUCAAUACGCCACGAAAUUCAAGAGCGAAUCAGCAGGAGUCGAAUGAAGAAAAUGAAGCAAGGGGAACAUGCUGAGUUCUCAUUAAAUAUCUACGCAUCUAAAGAUCGGAAGAAGAGCAGCAUUAAAUGUUUAAAAGAUAAAUUGAGAUAUAUUCAAGGUUGGCAGUACGAUACGAACAAUCGACUUAUUUACCAGGGAGUCGAAUUAACAGAUGAUAAUUGGUUAGAGAAGACAGUAGUUCCAUCAGAACUAAGGAAAAAAGUCUUGCAUCAAGCAAGAUUCAAAGCACUCACAUCUAUCAAGUUCUUUCAAGUGAAAAAUAAAGCUUACAUUCAUACGUUGACUGAAGCUGCUAGAGACAUCAUUUUACCACCUGGCGAAAUCGUAUGUUACGGAGGGACGGUGACAAGAGAGCUGUACAUAAUAGAGAGCGGUUAUUGUUUAGUGACAUCAAAUGAACUGAGAGAGUCCAACUCUGAGCGCGUGAUAGGCCCUGGCAAUCACGUGGGGUUACUGGUACUAUUGUACGGAAUCCCCACUCUCAGCACCGUCGUUACAUUGACUCACUGUAAGCUCGUUAGUGUGAACCAUUACGCUUACACAUCGGCAUUAAGUCUAUUCCCAGACAUGAAAGAGCAUGAAGGAAUAUUAAAACCAGAAGAGCUACAACAUGUAGAAGAACAGGCUAAAACGCAAACCACGGACUCCUACUUACAACAUUACAACCGACUGACAGAGAAAAAACAGAAAGUAAAAAUCACUAGUAUACUACAAGAAUUUUUCAACAACUCCUUCAUAGACCUCAUUGCGGAAUAUAAGAAAUCGAAGCAAAAAUAUUCGCAAUCUUUCAAACAGUUUAAUGUACUAAACAAUAUAGCAGCAUACUUAUUGAUGCCUAUAGCUAUAAGACCAGACGGAAUAUUCUUGAAAGUGUGGGCGACCAUUCGAAUGACCGUGAUUGUGUGUAUGGCGCCACUGUUUGGAACAUUUAACGUGACACUUAUAAUUUUGGAAACCAUCUGCUACAUAGAUAUGUAUUUGAUGUUACACGUUGCAUAUUAUGGAUGUAAAAACCAAUUGAUAUACCAUCCCUAUAUGACCGCUAAACACUACCUACAGGGCCAAUUUACAGUGGACUUUAUUACUUGCUUUCCUUGGUAUGCUAUUUGGAAACUGUUUGUUCCCAAGCAUAAUGAAGAUCAUUCUGAAGAAGACCACAUGGUCAAUGCACAUAUGUUCCAUUGUGCGUUAAGAAUGGUUAAGGCUGAUGACGCGGAUGAUUUUGAAUAUAAACUCAAAAAAAUAUCAGGAGAAAUACCUUAUUUAAACACCACAUUUCAUCCUGACGGCAAUAUGGUUUGUUUAGAAGGAUCUUGGAUAGACGGAAUACUAAUUAUACAAAAAGAUCAUAUGUCACCAUCUAGAGUGCUCCUACUAGCUUAUUAUUGGACAGCGUCGAGUUUUGGAGGAGCUGGUUUCGGCGAUAUCAUUCCUCAGAACAUAAAGCAUAUGGUACUGUGUAUUUGCGUGAACAUACAUGGCGUCUUAUUUUUUGGAUACGUGUACGCAAGAAUAGCUUCAUUGAAAGCUAUGGCAGAUCAAGUAGUUACAAAGUUUCAAGAGAAUCUGAAACAUUUGGAAAUGUUCUUAAAUAGGGAGAAAGUGCCGUUUUUACUUAAAAAGACUAUUUUAGAAUUCUGGAAGUACCAAUGGAAAAGGACAGGUGGUUGGUCGCAUCAAUCAAUACUGGGGAAACUUCAUGCGAAUUUAAACGAAGAUGCUGUACUAUACAUGUACGAAAAAACUUUAAGAGAAAUCCCAUUAUUUGAAAACGUCGAGUAUUCCUUCUUUAGAGCUUUCGCAAAGAAACUGAAAGAAUCCUACUUCCAGAAAGGAUACAUGGUUAUGAGAUCGAAUGAAGUGAUAGACACUAUGUAUAUUAUUUAUAGAGGAAAGGUUGAUAUCAUGUCGAAUAUAAAUGAAGUGGAGGCGUGUAUGGGUCCUGGAGGAAUAUUUGGUAAUAUUAGAGGAGCAACCAAGUAUAUGACAAUGUCAAAUGUGAUCGCAAGUCGAAACAUUGAUUUGCUUUGUAUUCAAGGGCGAGACUUCUACGCACUGUUAAAGAGCUAUCCUUCAGUACUACAAAAGGUGAAGGAAUCCGUUGAAUCAGCAGUGAAAGACUAUGUUUUGCCAACAAUAAUGUCCGCAAGGAAUAGCAGCACUGAUAUAACAAACUUUCCUUUGUCGUACGAAACUGGAGAAGAGCAAGAAGAUGAAUUUGAAAUCGAUCCUGAACUUUAUGUAGAGAGUCCAGAAAAGAGUAUUGCAGAAUCACACGGUUCCAAAUCCAUCACAUCAGCAAACAUAAAUUAUGUUCCAGCUUCGCUAUUAUUUUUUAAGCCACAUAGAUGGUUUCGUAGCAGCAUCAUCCCGGACAGCGCAUUGGUCACUUUUAUGGAAUAUCUCAUUCUCUUCUUGGCGUACGUGGAUUUUAUGUUGCUGGUAUACCAAAUGGCGUUCCUCUCAGUGCCAUAUUUUUUCCAUGUCUGCGUCAUAUUCGACAUCCUGUUUCUAUUUAAACUUUUUCUGGACAUCCAUUCUGGUUACAUGAAUAGAUACGGAGAUUAUGUUUUGAGCCCGAAGAAAGUAAGGAAAAUGUAUUUCUCCAAAAUAUACCUUCGAAGAAGAGACUUUCUAGCAAACUUCUUAAUAUGCUACUUAGUAUUUACUUUAUCACUGUCCCCGAAAAUGAAAAUGGCUUUGUUCUGCUAUUCACGAUCGCCUCAGCUAACUAGAAUUUCGUAUUUAUUUACGUCCAGAACACAUAGAAAAACGAGCAUUGGUUCAGCGAAUUUAUUGUUUAAACUGACAACCAUUGCUAUAUGGGCAUCAAUACUAUCGCACGUCAACGCUUGCCUGUUUUUCAAACUAUCCUGCCUAACUCCUGUGCACUGCACAUCGGCUAACUGGAUGUCAAAGGAAGCUCUCAAUUUGCGAGCGAAAUAUUCCGAGGGCAAUUUCUUUGCACUAUACGUAGCUGCGUUAUGGUACAUGAUAAACUUGCUAACAAUAACAGGCACAGGAGACGUGUCGUCACAAAACAGUUUUGAAGUCAUCGAAACUAUUAUUGUGAUCAUUGUUAUAAAGUUCUGUACAGGGCUUCUCAUAUCAGAAAUGUCGGCAAUGAUCACAGCUCAUUCGUCAUCACGCAUAGCAUAUGAUUACGAUAUAAACGAACUGAGAGACGGUUUGCGAGAUAUGGAUCUAAGUGUUCACCAAAUGAGCAAAAUGUGGGACUAUGUGCGUGAGCUAUGGAACAGACAACAAGGGAAACAGAUGCCAGCCCUAGUCUACAAGCUACCAUUCCGACUCCGUUGUCAAGUAAUGCAAGCAGUCUACGGAUCCCACAUACGAGAAUCAGUCAUAUUCAGCAAAACUGAUGACGAUUUUCGACGUAUGCUUGUCAUGUGGAUGAAACAUUGUGUCUUCUUUCCUGGUAACUAUAUCGUGCAGUGCGGUGACUCAGACCAAUGCAUCUACUUCAUACAUAGAGGACAGGUCGAGGUGCUCACAGUGCACCCGAACUUGACCGAGUCAAUUUAUGAUGUUUUGGGGCCAGAAGACAGUUUUGGUAUUGCUCAGGGUUUGUUUGUGGGCGUGGUCCACCAUUUUUCCUUCAGAGCUCGAACUGUCGUCGACAUCGUGUAUCUCAAGUUGGACCAAUGGAAAUACCUCCUCGACUACUAUCCAAAAUCAGCCAAAAUAGUUCAAAGGAAGGUCCAAAACGUAUAUUUAGCUAUUUAGUUUAGAAAUAUACUUGUUUUAAUUGUUAGUUUUAAUGCGAACUUAAAAUGUUUAACGUAAGGUCGAUAAUUGUUUGCAUACUUCUGUUCUAUAAGUAGUACAUUCUAUGUUAUAUUAAUACAAAUAUUUUAGGUUCGGCAUUUCUAUGUUUAGGUAUUUAAAUAGAAAUAAAUAAAUUACUUA